AUGUGGAAUGACUAUAGAGAAAAUAACUUUCUGGACAUAUCUCCACCUGUUAUUCUGGUCGACUCUAGAUUUGACAACCAGUCAGAAGAUACUUCACAUGGAACAGUAGGACCUUCCAAUAAAUAUGACCUAGAAGCUAGUAAACCAGUUGAUAAGGUACUGAGACGCCUAGCGCAGAACCGCGAGGCUGCUCGCAAAUGUCGUCAGAGGAAGAAGGCUUAUGUUCAGCAGUUAGAAAAUAGUAAACUGAGACUUAUGCAGUUAGAACAGGAGCUUGAACGGGUUAGGCAACAGGGGCUGUAUAUGGGUGGUGGAUUAGAUACUGGUCAGCUAGGUUAUUGUGGAACUACAAACCCAGGUAUUGCUACCUUUGAAAUGGCAUAUGGACAAUGGGUGGAAGAACAAAAUAAGAAAAACGCUGAUUUGAGAAAUGCUUUGUAUUCUGACAUUCGGGAUGCGGAAUUGAGCAGUUUUGUUGAAGAUGGCAUGAAGCACUAUUUUGAUCUCUUUGCUAUGAAAGAAACAGCUGCAAGGGCUGAUGUAUUCUAUCUUAUGUCUGGCACGUGGAAAACGUCAGCAGAACAUUUUUUAUCGUGGAUUGGGGGCUUUCGACCAUCACAGCUUUUAAAGGUUCUCAUGCCACAUCUUGAGCCUUUAGCAGAGCAACAAAGUUUGGAGCUUAUCAAACUUGGACAAUCAUGUCAGCAAGCAGAAGAUGCAUUGUCACAGGGAUUGGAGAAACUCCACGAAUUUCUGUCCCAGACUGUAGCAGCUGGUCAACUGGGUGAAGGACACUACCUACCGCAGAUCAGAGCUGCAAUGGAUAAAUUGGAUGCAAUGGUGAGGUUUGUGGCUCAGGCAGAUCAUCUUCGCAAAGAAACAUUGAAGCAGAUUUCUCUCAACCUUGACACUCGUCAAGCAGCUCGGGGCCUCCUUGCUCUAGGGGAGUAUUUUCAACGUCUUCGGGAUUUAAGUUCACUUUGGGCUUCUAGUCGUCGUGAAUGUGCUUAA